GUGUUUGGCGUUACCAUGGAGCCUGCCCGGGCCGAAGGACGCUCCUUGUCUCCCGGGUAACCGGGAAGGACAAAGCUAGACCGAGGUGGCGGCGGCGACACCGGCUGCGAUGGUGUCCAACCCUGUGCAUGGCCUGCCCUUUCUCCCGGGCACGUCCUUUAAGGACCCCACGAAAACAGCUUUCCAUAGAAGCCAGACGCUGGGCUACAGGAAUGGCUAUGCAGUUGUUCGACGUCCAACAGUUGGGAUAGGUGGGGAGCGGUUACAGGUCAACCAGCUGUCCCAGGCUGAACUGGAUGAGUUGGCUAAUAAGGCACCAGUUCUAACUUAUGGCCAACCUAAGCAGGCCCCACCUGCAGAAUUCAUUCCAGCGCAUGUAGCUUUUGACAAAAAGGUGCUGAAAUUUGAUGCCUAUUUCCAGGAAGAUGUUCCUAUAUCAAGUGAGGAACAUUAUAGAAUUCGUCAAGUUAAAAUAUACUACUAUCUAGAAGAUGACAGCAUGUCUAUUGUAGAGCCUGUUGUUGAAAACUCUGGGAUCCCUCAAGGCAAGCUAAUCAAACGCCAGCGAAUAGCCAAGAAUGAUGUGGGAGACCAUUACCACUGGAAAGACCUAAAUCGAGGAAUAAACAUAACCAUAUAUGGCAAAACUUUCCGCAUUGUUGACUGUGAUCAGUUCACACAGGUAUAUUUGGAAAGUCAAGGAAUUGAAUUAAAUCCAUCAGAGAAGAUGGCUCUUGAUCCUUACACUGAACUCCGGAAACAGCCUCUUCGUAAGUAUGUCACCCCAUCGGACUUUGAUCAACUUAAGCAGUUUCUCACCUUUGACAAACAAGUUCUUCGAUUCUAUGCAAUCUGGGAUGAUACAGACAGCAUGUUUGGUGAAUGUCGGACCUAUAUCAUUCAUUACUAUCUUAUGGAUGGUACAGUGGAGAUUCGAGAGGUCCAUGAACGUAAUGAUGGAAGAGAUCCUUUCCCACUCCUGAUGAACCGUCAGCGUAUGCCCAAGGUUUUGACAGAGAAUGCAAAGAACUUCCCUCAGUGUGUGCUGGAAAUCUCUGAUCAAGAGGUGUUGGAAUGGUACACUGCCAAAGACUUUAUUGUUGGGAAACCACUUACUAUUCUUGGGAGAAGUUUCUUCAUUUAUGAUUGUGAUCCAUUUACUCGACAGUUCUACAAAGAGAAGUUCGGAAUCUCUGAUUUACCACGCAUUGAUGUGAACAAGCAGGAACCACCUCCUAUAAAACAGGAAUUACCUCCUUAUAAUGGUUAUGGAUUAGUUGAAGAUUCUGCUCAGAAUUGCUUUGCUCUCAUUCCAAAAGCUCCAAAGAAAGAUAUUGUUAAAAUGCUGGUGAACGACAACAAAGUGCUUCGUUAUUUGGCUGCACUGGAAUCCCCCAUCCCAGAAGACAAAGACCGCCGAUUUAUCUUCUCUUAUUUUCUAGCCACUGAUAUGAUCAGUAUCUUUGAGCCUCCUGUUAGAAACUCUGGUAUCAUUGGGGGCAAGUACCUUGGGAGGACUAAAGUUGUUAAACCAUACUCUGUGGUAGAAAACCCCAUCUACUAUGGCCCUAGUGACUUCUUCAUUGGUGCUAUCAUUGACGUGUUUGGCCACCGGUUCGUCAUCCUUGAUGUAGAUGAGUAUGUUCGAAAGUACAUGGAGAGCAAUGCUGCCCAGUAUUCACCAGAAGCACUCUCAUCAAUUCAGAACCAUGUCCAAAAGCAAGAAGCUCCUGCACCAGAACUGGAAAACAAGCAAGCUAAAGAGGAGCCGGGCAUGCAGGAACUGGAAUCAUUAAUAGACACAAUCCAGAAGCAACUGAAAGAUUAUUCAUGCAAAGAUAACAUACGUGAAGCAUUUCAAGCUCAUGACAAGGAAGCAUCAGGAUAUGUGGACAGAGAGAUGUUCUUUAAAAUCUGUGAAUCUUUUAACGUCCCAAUAGAUGAAUCCUUGGUUAAGGAGUUAAUCAGGAUGUGCUCUCAUGGAGAAGACAGGAUUGAUUAUUAUAACUUUGUUCGUGCUUUCUCAAACUGACCUGGCUGAUGAGAGAAUACAAUAUAAAUUUUUUCUGUUGGAGCCACAAUUGGAAAUAUAUCUUGUAGAGCUCCUGAAGUUAUAUUUCUUUUUUUUAAAUUAUUUUUCACUACUCCAAAAUUCUCAAUUAAAUUGGUUUUUAUAGGA